CACAUGGGCACGUGACAUCAAAUCCCCAUCUUCCUUCUCCAAUCAACGACCGGAACACGUUCUUACGCAGCAGGAACCCUCGACACCAGCAGCCAUGUCGAAUCUCGCAGACACUUCUCGCCUAAAAGCUACCGUCUUUGUCGGUGGCCUCGAUCAAGCCGUCACGCAGCAGACCGUGUAUCAUGCCUUCCUACCCUUUGGCGACAUCGUCGAAGUCAAUUUGCCAAAACCGGACCUUCCAAACGCGAAAGAAGAGCAUCGGGGAUUUGGCUAUGUCGAGUUUGAGACUGCGGCGGAUGCAGCAGAUGCCAUCGACAAUAUGGACCGGAGCGAGCUGUACGGCCAGGUUAUCAAAGUAGCAGCUGCCAAACCGCAAAAAGAGUCGAAUGAAGGACUUGGGAGCAAGACGGCGAUUUGGGAGCAGGAGGGCUGGUUGGCGAAGCAUGCUGUGAGCGAAGAGGAUCGUCAAGCCACGGAGCAGGCACAGGAAGAGUCAAACGGGCCUAUGGACCCGAUGCAAGGGCUGGAAGGGCUUGACGAGGCUGGGCCAAAGCCGGCGUGAGAUGAGAUUUAGUAUUGUGGUGGUUUCAUUUACGUAUGGCGAAGCACGGCGUUUGGGGCGUACGAGUAUGAUAGUCAGAUACCUCUUGUCGCGACACAUGGUGUUUUUCACUCUACGAUUCUAGCACAAGUUGUGAAGUAUCGCACGGCAAUAGUUCCAAAACCCUAGCAUCAACAAGCAGUUCACAAGAUAGCCCUAGAGGAGUGACGGAUGUCUUCCGGAUGCAUAUCUAGAUAUGCAUUUCAAGUCGAGCACAAAAG